CCACCGGGCACACUAUCCUCCGUCUCUUUCCUUCCGUUUCCCUUUCUUUUCCCUUUUCACGUUUGCGUGACGGUCGUGUAAAUCAGUGUUUGCAAACCAAUCCCAGCCAUGGUGCGUAUGAACGUAUUGGCCGAUGCCCUCAAGUGCAUCAACAACGCCGAGAAGCGCGGCAAGCGCCAGGUGCUGCUGCGUCCCUGCUCCAAGGUGAUCAUCAAGUUCCUGACCGUGAUGAUGAAGCACGGCUACAUCGGCGAGUUCGAGAUCGUCGACGAUCACCGCUCCGGCAAGAUCGUGGUCAACCUGACCGGGCGCCUCAACAAGUGCGGCGUCAUCUCGCCCCGCUUCGAUGUGCCCAUCAACGACAUCGAGAAGUGGACCAACAAUCUGCUGCCCUCCCGCCAGUUCGGCUACGUCGUGCUCACCACCUCGGGCGGCAUCAUGGACCACGAGGAGGCCAGGAGAAAGCAUCUGGGAGGCAAGAUCCUCGGCUUCUUCUUCUAGGGCCACGGCAUUUUGAAAACGAUGGGGAGUUGAUAUGUAGAUUGACGUUUUAUUUCACCGACAAACCAUGCAUCCAAACUACGUUUUGUAUACCACAAACCAGGGGCGAGAACGCUGCUGCAUUCAUUCAGACAACCAACGACAAUGAAUGUUCACAAAGAAACGCGAAAUAAAAUGAUUGAUACAUAAUAA